AUGAGUCAAAACUUGUUAUUAACGCCAAGGCCAAGCCCAAAUGGGAAGGGACACACUUCAUUACAGUCGAGGUCCCAACUUGUGGAGACGCUAAUAUUCACUGCUACUUCUUUGUUGUUGGUGAGUUGGUCGAAUUUCAAGCCUGAACGGUUACAAUUUUUCAUCAAAGAGAUCCUGAAGAGAUCCAAAUCGUCCUAUCGUGUUGUACAGCUUGCUCUGUUCUAUGUGAUACGACUACAAGAACAGCUAGACAAGCCUGAAGAUGAAGUUUUUAAAUGCCCCAAGAGGUGCUUUCUCGCAUGUCUUAUACUGGCAUCAAAAUUCCUCCAGGACAACAACUUCACGAUGAAAUCAUGGUCUUCGCUAACGGGGCUGAAGACCAGUGAGCUGCUGCGCAACGAGAUGGUUGUGCUUAAGACCCUGGAUUACCGGCUCAACAUAUCAAGUGUCACGUACCAUGAUUGGGUGAACCUACUAUACAGAGUCUCGUCUCUAUCUCACUCCGAUGCUGAGCAGCGGCAUGCAGCAAUUCCGCUGUCGCCCGUAUCUCCUUCGUGCAAUGGUUUCCCUGCCUCCCGUCCAUGUUCCCCCGUCCAUUCUUCUUUUGAACCCUCAAAUGUGCUAGCGACUUUCAGCAAUAAGGCUGAAUUGGCGCAGCUAUUAAGCGAGUUCAAAGUUGAGAGAUUGGGCCAUGCGAUGAGGGCUGUAACUUCUGAUGCUACCAGAAAAAGGAAACUUACGACUGAUGAUAAUGAUUGCGCUGCCAUGAACGAGACCGCAAAAAGGGCCGCUCUUUCGUGA